CCCUUGCCGGUUACGUGACCUUUACUAACCGAGAGGUGUCUGAUACAUUUCAAAUAGUAUGGAAACAAGGUAGCACAAAUUCAGCACUCAGGGGUUACUAAUGUUGAAUUAUAGAUAAAACUCCAGUGGAGAGCAAGCUGCAUGCACUCUGCUGACAGACGGACUUGCUACUGAACACUUUUUACUGUCAUUAUGAGCAUUUAACAGCUCAGGUUUAUGAGUGCAACGCUGUCCUGCAAGUUUGUGUUUUGUUUGAGCCCUGACACAGCCUACAGGUCUGGAAAGCCUUAACUGGAGGCAGGUGCUGCCUUUUCAGAGCAAUUAAGACAUACCUUAAGAUGAUCAACACACAGAACACAGACACAGCAAUUCUUGCACAUAUUUUGGCAUCUUCUUAAAGGUUUUUGAAACUGAGCUUCUUUCUGAUGGCUUCUGAAGCACAGAGUUGUGAUAAUUUUUUGUGUUUGUGUGUGGGGAGUAGGGCCAAAUAUGUGUUUGAUCAGAGGUGCGGAAGUGCACAUUACCACUGAAUUCAGGGGCAAAGAAUUAAUUGUGUUUCACAAUCUCUCCUCCUUCCUUGGCAGGUACUUAUUGCUUAUGUACUUGCUAGGCUAUAAACAAUUAGUCCACAGAAUUUCAGAAGAUGCCAGAUGUCCUUCAGAGUGCACAAACCUGUUUUGCAGGCUGUCACACAUAGGAAUUGUGUAAAUUCAAACACUACAUUUUUAACAGAGCUAGUAGUUUGUUUUUCCACUUUGGAACAUCUGGUACUCAAAACAAAAGUGGAAUUACGAUAAUUUUACUGGCAAAAUAACUACUGGAGUGUAAAUGGUCCUGUUUGGUUGAGGUUUUAAACCAUUAUAAAAGCUUUUCUUGUUUAAAUCUCUUCUGUGUCAAAACGUUUAGAAUAAAUAUAUCAGCUCUUCAUUUAAUAAAUACUAAAAUGCUUUUCUUAUUGAGAAACACCCAUAUAAAUCCAUCCUCUCAUAAUGACUGACUUAAGUUAUCAAGACUGUCUAGAAAAUAAUCUGGCCCAGCUUAGGGUUAACAUAUGAUGAUUGAGGAACAAAGAAAUUGUUCCCCCACAGCUGCAGUUCUACCAAACUUGUGCUGCCUCUGAGCUGUUAGACUGUGCUGAUUCUGUCCAGCUUAUUAAAUUUAGUGACAGAACAAUCUUUUUUUUCCCCUCCAGGGCUACUCAGAUGAAUCAAAUAAGAGGCAAUUGUCAAAUGCCAGGGCUGGUGUAAAGUAAGAAUGGGGUACAGGACUUACUUUUUGGUGAGAGCAAGUUAUUAAUACAAUAAACUAUCACAAGGCAGCUUCACCACUAAUUUGCAGCCUGUGGUGAGUCAGUCCUGCAGCAGUGAAAUGGAGGGCCUCAUUCAUAUGACAUUGGGAAUAGUGGUCUGUACUUUGGUAAUAAGUUCCACCCAAGCUCUCAUAAGCACUUUUAGCCUGGCAGGGACACCCAUGAAAUACCAAUGCUUUAACCACGUGAACUGAAGCAGAAGAGAAAGUUGUAUUUCACCAGAAAGCUCCAGACAGGUUAACAGCUUCAAGAAGUUACUUGCUCACCACCAGCAGAAGCAGCAUGGCCAGCAGGACCAGUGCAGUGACCGCCACUGCUGAGGACACACCUCGGGUGCUGUGUCCAGUUCUGGGCCCCUCACGACAAGAAGGACAUCGAGAGACUCUCUGACAUGGAGAAGCUCGGAGCUGCUGCUGGAUACCAUAACAACUCUAGGCCAGAUCUCCUGCUUUAUAAAUAUGGUGACUGAUUUCUGUCACAUAAUAUUAAUAUAACAUGUUACAGAUAAGAACUGACAAGGAUUUCUGGAAGUCUUCAGUUUCUCCAGAUGUUUAAUGAAACCAACAGUCAAAUUUGGGUUCACGGCAGGAAAUGCUCUGGCUGGAUGUUCAGUGCUUGGUGUGCCCGUAUUAGGCCAGAGCAACAUGGAACUGGAGGUGUCCUGCUCCCAUGGGAGAAGGCUGCUCCAGGACAUAAAAAUCCAGGAACUGACUGGAUUGAUGAAUUAAAGUUGCUUGCCAUGGGGUCAGGUACUGAUUCAAGUGGAAUUCUUUGGAUUUGUUUGGGCAUUGGGUUGAUUUUAAUACUCACUCUAUUCAUCUUAAUGGUCUUGUUUAAAUGGAAGCACCUAAAGCACGUAAAAGAAAAACUGGAUAACACAGACUCCUCUGUGGAGCAGAAUAAUACUCUCAAGGCUAAUACUGAAAGCAGCGUGAAUACAGAAGAAAUUAGACACACACUUCCAAGUGAAACAUUAAUGUAUUCAGUGGAAGAAUGUACUUGCAGUGACUGUGGCUUGGUAAAACCUCAGACUGGCCGUGAAACUUCAUUUCCAUUACCAGCUACUGAAGAACGAGCUACUGUUCUAGUUACCACCAAAUCUUUUGAUUAUUGCAACUAUGUUCUGGGGGUCGGAUGACUGGGAGAGAAGUAUAUUUGUACU